CUGACAUUAAAGAAUGUCCUGACAGCUAAUAUAAAACUUCGCCACGAUAUUCGAAUUCUGAGGCAAGAGAAGGUACACAUUCAAGCCAAACCAAAGCAGCACUCCCCUCGGCCCGUAAUAGUAACUCGUUAUCAAGCCAAAGCAAAGAAGCACCCUUCUCGGUCUGUGAAUGUGAUUCAUCACCCAAAAACAGUGAGACCACAUGCCAAGCCAAAAAUCGUCAGACACCCGAAUAUAUCUGCACAUAAAAGAGUACAGGGCAAGGUGAGACAUCCUCCACCACGAAAACGUGUAAUCAAGGGAUGUGGUUGUCAGGCUCGAAAAAAGAGGCACAUUUUGUCAAAAACUAAAUACAGUGAAGGUGAAAGUGGAACCUUCCACGCCAAUCCAGCUGCAAAUGUUGAUGUCGAUCUCAGGCCAAAAAGAGGUUUUGCUGAAAGUCUACAUGUGAGUGAAGGCUUUGUGCACAGCAGACUGAGACACACUCCAUCACAACGCCAUGAUUUGCGCAGCAGAGGUUCAUCUGCUGAAACCAAACAUUCAGACAGCUCACAUAAUAGUGUAAGCUUAGCAGCCGCCGGUAGUUUGCAAUUCGACAAUUGGCAGGUGCUCGGAACAUGCGAGUAUAUGCUUCAGGUAAGGAAAAAUGCAAGGAACUAUGAUAACGCAGAGAAAGACUGUCAAGCACUUGACGCUCAUUUGGUUUCCAUACACAGCGAACCAGAAAACAACUUCAUCCACAAAAUCACAUCCACUGGCAGUCGCAUUGAAAUGUUUGAAGAUUUUGUUUGGAUUGGUCUUCGUAUGAAUUCGCAAAACCAAUGGGAAUGGGUAGAUGGAAGUCCGCUGGAUUAUAGCAAAUGGGCUGUAAAUCAACCAGAUCAUUCUGAUGAGAAAAGAUGCGCGCAGCUCUAUCAAGGGCCAGCGAACCUCACAUAUGUUCAAGACUAUCAUUGGAACAGCUUCAGAUGUGAUAGGCCCAUGAAGUACUACGUUUGCAAAAGAUGCAAAAGACCAGCGCGAGUCAGACAACACACAUAA